ACUGACUGUUUAUAUGUCAGAGAUGUAAACAGUUGAUCAACCGGGCUAGUCUGUUUAAACUUAUUAAUAAUCGAUAAAUAGUCGUGUGUAUACAUCAUUUAAAACAUAUUAUGAUCAAGUGUAUUUAAGAAUGGCAAACGACAAAACCGCACAUUGGAAAGAUUUACUGCGAAAAAGACUCGCCUCUGCGAAACCUGAUGGCAGAACAGAGGAGGAGAAGAAAGCAGAGGAAUCAGAAUUGUUCAGCAAGUAUUACACUGAAUGGAAAGGGGGUGAAAAAGGAGAAGAUGAUUCAUUUAAACACAUCCCACGCUUCUACUACAGGCUUCCUGCAGAAGAUGAAGUCUUAAUGCAGAAACUCAGAGAAGAAUCAAGGGCAGUGUUUCUCCAGAGAAAAAGCAGAGAACUACUGGACAAUGAAGAGUUACAAAAUCUUUGGUUUCUUCUUGAUAAGCAUCAAGUCCCGCCCACGACCGGUGAUGAAGCCAUGAUCAGUUAUGAGAGUUUCCUAAAGGUUGGAGAAAAAGCAGGCACCAAAUGCAAGCUUUUCUUCACCGCCAAAGUCUACGCCAAACUCCUUCAUAAUGAUCCAUAUGGGAGGAUAUCAAUUAUGCAGUUCUUCAACUAUGUCAUGAGAAAAGUAUGGCUGCACCAGACAAGGAUUGGUUUAAGUCUCUAUGAUGUUGCCGGUCAGGGUUAUCUGCGUGAGUCUGAUUUGGAGAACUACAUCCUAGAAUUAAUUCCUACACUCCCUCAACUGGAUGGCCUUGAGAAAUCCUUCUACUCGUUUUAUGUUUGCACUGCUGUCCGCAAGUUCUUCUUCUUCCUUGAUCCUCUACACACUGGGAAAAUCAAAAUUCAGGACAUCUUGGCUUGCAGUUUCUUGGAUGACCUGCUUGAGCUUCGAGACGAAGAGCUGUCAAAGGAAAGUCAGGAGUCCAACUGGUUCUCUGCACCUUCUGCUCUUCGAGUUUACGGUCAAUACCUCAACCUGGAUAAGGACCAUAAUGGGAUGCUCAGUAAGGAAGAGCUGUCUCGCUAUGGCACUGGAACACUGACUGGUGUUUUUCUCGACCGCGUCUACCAAGAAUGCUUAACCUAUGAUGGUGAAAUGGACUAUAAGACUUAUCUGGACUUUGUGCUGGCUCUAGAGAACAGGAAAGAGCCUGCAGCCCUCCAGUACAUCUUCAAACUCCUGGAUAUGGAGAACAAAGGCUAUCUCAAUGUGUUUGCCCUCAACUACUUCUUCAGAGCCAUUCAGGAACAAAUGAAAAUUCAUGGACAAGAGCCAGUUUCCUUCCAAGAUGUUAAGGAUGAAAUCUUUGAUAUGGUGAAACCCAAAGAUCCAUAUAAGAUCACGUUGCAGGAUCUGGUCAACAGCGGUCAGGGUGAUACCGUCUCUAGUAUCCUCAUCGACCUCAAUGGUUUCUGGACUUACGAGAACAGAGAAGUUCUGGUGGCCAACGACACCGACAGCAAUGCUGCCGAUUUAGACGACACAUGACGCCGCUUUGCAUAGUCACGCCACUGAGGAAAAACACACCGAAUUCCAGAGUUGUAUAUUGAAUUGUUUAUUAAGUAAUAUUAUGUAAAAAAAACAACCUGUAUUUUUUUCUUUCACCUACAUAAUAGAAAGGUAGGUGCGUUUUCACCGACAUAAUACAAAAUUAUUGUACACAAAUAAAUUAAACAGUCUCCAAAAUGAAA